GCUCAGCGUUGAUGUGAACCCAAAAUAUGGCGUGUUGUCUCGACCAAUUCAGCCGCUUAUAUGUCCAUAGACCAUGCGACCAUAGGGAUGAAAAUAAGGAAAAUAACACCCUUGUGUCCCUUGUUUGUAAGGUAAAGAUCGUGCUGCUCCCGUUUCAUGUCAGGCAAGGGACAGAUCUCGGCGGCCGGCACACUGUUCAACCGGCGGUUCGUCUCAUUGGGUCUCGUAAAAAGAGAAACUUAGUCUCACUCUCUGUCUUCCUCAUGUAAUGAAAGAUUGAGAAAAUAACAGUGAAGAAAUUAAGACAAGAUGAUCACCAUUAAAAAAAUUAUCAUCAACCACAUUAACAAUCAUGCAAAAUUUUUGCGAGGUUGCUCAAGAAAAUUCUCAAGCCACUCGAAAUUCGCCGAGCACAAGGACCUGGCACACAUCAGAAAUAUUGGAAUUUCGGCUCAUAUUGACUCCGGAAAAACCACCCUCACCGAGAGAAUUUUAUUUUACACAGGCAGAAUUUCUGAAAUGCAUGAGGUCCGGGGCAAGGACAAUGUGGGUGCUGUGAUGGACUCGAUGGAACUAGAGCGGCAGAGAGGAAUCACAAUCCAGUCGGCAGCAACCUACACCCUGUGGAGAAACCACAACAUCAACAUCAUCGACACACCUGGCCACGUUGACUUUACCGUCGAGGUUGAACGCGCCCUGCGUGUACUGGACGGGGCUGUCCUGGUUUUGUGCGCCGUUGGUGGGGUCCAGAGCCAAACCCUGACGGUGAACAGACAGAUGAAGAGGUACAGUGUGCCUUGCUUAGCGUUCAUUAACAAACUGGAUAGGAUGAAUGCGAAUCCAGAUAGAGUUUUGCAGCAAAUGAGGACAAAGUUGAACCACAAUGCAGCAUUUUUACAAAUUCCCAUUGGCUUGGAAGGAGAUCUCAGCGGAGUUAUUGACCUAAUCAAGCAAAGGGCAUUGUACUUUGAAGGUGAUCAUGGGGAAAAAAUAGAGGAAAAAGAAAUUCCACCGUUCAUGAGGGCAGAAGCUGAAGAAAGGCGCCACGAGCUCAUCGAGCAUUUGUCGAAUGCUGACGAAACCCUGGGAAUGAUGUAUUUAGAGGAGAAAACUCCCACAGAAGCUGAUAUUGUGGCUGCUGUCAGAAGGGCAUGUAUUGCUCGGACCUUCACUCCAGUCAUGGUAGGCAGUGCUCUUAAAAACAAAGGAGUGCAGCCCUUGCUGGACGGGGUGCUGCAGUAUUUGCCUUGCCCAAGUGAAGUUGACAAUUUUGCUUUCAUUCAAAAGCAAGGAGAAGAGCCGGAGAAGAUUGUGUUAAGUCCUGCAAGAAACAGCAACAACCCCUUUGUCGCUCUGGCCUUUAAACUUGAAGCUGGGCGGUUUGGGCAGCUGACCUACAUGAGAUGCUACCAGGGCUGUCUGAAAAAAGGAGACAAUAUUUUCAAUGUGCGCACCCAGAGGAAGGUCAAAGUAGCCCGACUUGUUCGACUGCACUCGGAAAAUAUGGAGGACGUCAAUGAGGUCUACGCUGGUGACAUCUUUGCACUUUUUGGUGUUGACUGUGCCAGCGGAGACACUUUUGUUGUGGACAAAAAUCUAAAUCUUGCUAUGGAGUCAAUUUUUGUGCCUGACCCAGUGGUAUCGAUGUCGAUCAAGCCCGGCAAUAAUAAGGAUAGGGACAACUUCAGCAAAGCUGUAGCAAGGUUUACGAAAGAAGAUCCAACCUUCCGAUUCCACUAUGAUCCAGACAACAAGGAAACCAUUGUUUCUGGCAUGGGUGAACUCCAUUUGGAAAUUUAUGCUCAGCGUAUGGAGCGUGAGUACGGCUGUCCUGUGAUCCUUGGUAGGCCAAAGGUGUCCUUUAGAGAAACUUUGGUGUCUGCAAAGGAAUUUGACUACCUUCACAAGAAGCAGUCUGGUGGUUCAGGUCAAUUUGGAAGAGUCUCCGGAAUACUUGAACCACUGCCACCAAGUCAGAACACUGUGGUUGAAUUUUCUGAUGAGACGACGGGAACGAAUGUUCCGAAGCAAUUUAUUCCAGGCAUUGAACGAGGUUUUCUGCAAAUGUGUGAAAAAGGCUUGCUGUCUGGUCACAAAAUAUCUGGCGUCCGGUUUAGAUUGCUUGACGGCGCUCACCACGUUGUCGACUCUAGCGAACACUCAUUCUUCCUUGCUGCUCAGGGUGCCAUGAGAGACUUAUUUUCGGAUGGUGUUUGGCAAAUUCUGGAGCCCAUUAUGUCUGUGGAAAUCACUGGCCCGGAGGAAUUCCAAAGCAAUGUCAUGGGCCAGUUGAACAAAAGGCAUGCUAUUCUCACUGGCACUGAUAAACACGAAGAUUGGUUUUCUAUUUUUGCCGAGAUUCCAUUGAAUGAGAUGUUUGGUUACUCAUCUGAAUUGAGGUCAUCAACUCAAGGAAAAGGAGAGUUUAGCAUGGAGUACUCAAGGUACGCACCCACUUUGCCUGAAACCCAGCAGGCACUGAUUGCGCAGUACCAACAAGAAAUGCAAGGGCCCUCAGCGCAGGCCAAGAAGAAAAAGAAUUAAUGAUGCAUUGUGAACCAUUAAGAUGAACCUCUCAGUUCCGAAAAAAUUGGCUCGUAGUGGUGGUUUACAACAAUAAAAUUUGAUUUUUAUGUGAUAA